AUGGUAGAUGCUUCAUUAAUUUUACUCAUAGUAGGAGUAACCAUUUCUUUAAUAUUAUCAAAAAAUCAAAUUAAUUUAUUUGUUGCAAAAUUUAAGAAAUCUGGUUUACAAGGUAUAGUUAAUGAUUCUAAAAGUGAAACAUCUAAAGCUAAAGGUAGAGCAGCUUAUGGAGCUCCAGGUAAUAAUGAUGAUGAACCUAUUCCAAAGCCAACUCCAUUAAUGAUAACUCCAGAACAAGUUGCUACUUAUGAUGAUAGACCUUGGAGACCAUUUAGAUGGCCAUAUCAUCAAACCAUGUCAAUUUUUAAAUUAGAUAUCAAUCAUUGGUUAGAUAUGGAUAAAUAUUAUGUUCAUUAUAUAGAAGAAAAGAAGAGAAUUUGGAAGAAAUAUGGUAAAGAAAAUAUUGAUUGGUUACCUGAAGGAGAAGAUGCAAGUUUUGAAUUAAUGGAUACUGUCACUGAACAUUUAAUUGAAAGAUAUCCAUUAUUAUUUACUGUAUUAAAAGAUGGAGGACCACUUGAUUUUGAUAAUCAAGUUCCAGGAACUGGUAAAAUUAUUAGAAAUGAAUUAACUAAAGAAAUUUUAGAUAUGACUUUACCAUUAAAACAACAUCCUUUAUUAUAUGUUACUCAAAUGGCUAAAGAAGAUUUUUAUUUAGUUAAAAAGAGACCAGAUGGUUUACAUUAUUUAGUUGCUGCUGCUGUACCAUUCCCUGGUGGAAGUUUUGGUGUUGAUAGAAAAAUUGGUAGAAACUUGGAUGUUAUUCAUGAAGAAGUUCCUUAUUAUAAGGAAAAAUUACAAAAAUCUAUGGAAAGAUGGUUUGAAAGAAUGAGACCAUGUGAUCCUGUUGAAAGAGCAAGUUGGUAUAUAUCAUGGGAUCAUAAAUUAAGAGUUAAUAAUGUAUUUCAAUUACCUGAAUUUAAUCCAAAUAUGGAUACUGAUAUUAAAUCAACUGAUCCUAGAGAUUUUAAUGUUAGAGUUGAAAGACAAACUCUUAGAAGAUUACCUAAAUCAAAAGCAAUUAUUUUUACUAAUCAUCCUGUAUUUUAUUCUAUUGAUGAAAUGAAGGAUGAACCAUUAAUUCCUUCACUUAUUCGUAAGAUUAUUUUUGAAGGUCCUAGAGAUAUUAUUAAAUAUAAAAAUUUUGAAAGUUUUAGAGAUCAUAUUGUUAGUUAUCUUGAUGGAUUAAUUAAGAGACAAAUUGAUUUAGGACUUAUUAAAGAAGAUACUCCAUUGAAAACUUUACCUUCUUAUCCAUUUGCUCAUUGGGUAAAGACUGAAUUUGAUUAUACUAAUGGAGGCUUUAAUAAUCCAAAUUUUGAUAAAGCCAAAUCCAAUUAUUUAGAAAAGGCCAAGAAAGAAGUUCAAUUUGCUAAUGAUUAGG